UUUCUCUCUCUCUCUCUCUUUAUCUGUCUUUUAUUAGCUGUCACAAUGACUGUAUUGCAUCAUCCACCAGCAAAAGAUAGUGAAAAUGGACACGCCAAGACGAAUGGCAAAAGCCAGGAGCACUUUAUCGAACGCGUAAGUUCUAUUCCUAUUGUUAAAGAUAGUGUAUCCAUGGCCCAUGAAAUGGCAAAUAAGACAUUGAUUGGCCGAUGGACAUUAUCUACUCUUCAAUUGGCUACAAACGAUCAUGUAUCAAAUUAUUAUCAUCAAUACCUGGAGCCUCACUUGGAUCGUUAUGGUGGUCGUUCAUUAGACUAUGUUCAGUCCAAGGUACCUGUUAUCAACCAGCCUAGCUCUGAAGUGAUUGAAGCCAUAAGACAGCCUGUGAAAGAGAAAGUGGAUACCACACUUGAAACUGUGACGUACCCUGCGCAUAUUGUGGCUGAAAAAGUUAAUCAAAGAUUGGGUAUUGUAGUAGAUCGUCUAGAAGGUGCUGCUGACAGGUACUUGCCCCCGUCAAAGGAAAGUGUUAGACAAGCGUCCUGUGAAAAUCAAGCGGUCCGUGCCUACAAUGUGUUACUCGAACUCUCUAGACGAUUGACCCAGACACUUCCCAAGACUCGCCAAGAGGUAGUUGACAUUGCCAGUUCAAACGAAUACAUACAGUCAACCCUUAGUCAACUUCAAGUUGCUCAAGAUGUUCUUGUUCAUUCCUUCACUAUGUACGGCCAACUGGCACAAGAGCGUCUUCCUCCUUCCGUGAUAGCCCGUGUUCAACAAACGGCGGAACUUAUACACCAGUACGGCCAGCAACUGUCCAUUCGCGUCCAUCCUGAAUGGAUCAAGCAACAGCUCAGUACAGCCGUAGCUUCCCUUCAGCAACAGCUGGAUCUCAUCAAGACCGAGUUGGCUCGUACAGAUAAGACAACAGUCGAAAAGACUCGUUUGGUCUUCAAGAACAUCCAAGACCGUCUCUUACCUCUCAUCCAAUCCAUCCAAUCUCAGCUUCUCUUGCUCUUAAAACAAUCAUCUCACGCCAAAACUGAAUAAAAAAAAGGC